AUGGUCCUCGUACUUGCUUUGGCUCUCAGUCUUCUCAAGCUGGGCUCAGGUCAGUGGCAAGUAAUUGGGCCCAACAAGCCUGUCCAGGCCUUGGUGGGGGAGGAUGUAGUUUUCUCCUGCUUCCUUUCUCCUGAGACAAACGCAGAGGCCAUGGAAGUGCGGAUUUUCAGGGACCAGUUCUCUGCCAUCAUCCACCUCUACCAGGAUGGGAAAGACCAGGACUAUAUGCAAAAGCCAUCCUACAGAGGGAGAACUGAGCUGAUGAAGGAUUUCAUUGCCGAUGGGCAUGUGUCCCUGAGGCUGAAGAAAGUCACCGCCUUGGAUGCUGGCCUGUAUGGGUGCUGGUUCAGCUCCCAGACAUAUGACCAGGGGACCACUUGGGAGCUCCAGGUGUCAGAAAUGGGCUCAGCUCCUCUCAUUUCGCUCACUGGUUUUGUUGAUGGAGGUAUCCGGCUACUCUGCCAGUCCUCAGGGUGGUUCUCCCAGCCCACAGUGAAGUGGAAAGGUCCACAGGGACAUGAUAUACCCUCAGACUCCAAGGUGAAUGUGGACAGGCAUGGCCUGUUUGAUGUGGAGACUUCUCUUACACUCCAAGAAAAUUUGGGGAGCAUAUCAUGUUCUGUCCAACUCACUGACCAGAGCCCAGAAGUGACAUCCAGCAUAUGGUUAGGAGAGAUGUUUUUCCAGCGUUCACCCUGGCUCCUGGCUUUUAUCUCACUGACACCGCUCUGCAUUGGUAUAUCUGUUGGCAUCAUUGGGAUGAAGAUUUUAUUCUCCAAAUCCCAGGGUAAGUGAGAGAGAGACAUGGAAUGGAGAAAGAAGCAUAGACAGGCAGAUUUGAAAGAGGUCCGGAAAUAUGCAGUGGAGGUGACUCUGGACCCAGACACGGCUCACCCUCAGCUCCACGUUGCUGAUCUGAAAACUGUUUGCUAUACGAAUGUUCCCCAGGAGGUGCCCCACUCAGAGAAGAGAUUUACAAGAAUGUGUGUGGUGGCUUCUCAGGGUUUUCAGGCAGGGAAACAUUACUGGGAGGUAGGUGUGAGACACAAUAAAAGGUGGCACUUGGGAGUGUGCCGGGAUGAUGUGGACAGAACUAGAAACAAUGUGAUUUUGUCUCCUGACAAUGGGUACUGGGUCCUUGGACUGGAGAUGGAUUGGCAUUUUACACUCAAUCCCCAUAGAAUCAAUCUUUCUCUAAGAAAUACCCUUUUACAAGUGGGGGUCUUCCUGGACUAUGAGGGUGGGACUAUCUCUUUUUUCAAUAUAAAUGACCAGUCCCCCAUUUAUACCAUGACACAUCGGUUUGAAGGCUUAUUGAGACCCUACAUCCAACAUGAGGCCUAUGAAGAUGAAAAUGUGACUCCCAUAGUCAUCUGUCCAGUGCCAUAA